ACACAUAGCUGGCGCUCCAUAGACACACAAGAAAUUCACAUCGUUAACGUUCAUAAAAUAAAAAGUGGACACGGACUUGAUUGAUUUUCAUUUUUGAUGGUUAAAUGCAUUUGUUAACUUUAAAAUGAGCAACCCACGAUACGGGGGUAGGUCCGACAUCAGUGCUAAAGUAAAACUUGGACUGUCAAAUGGUUCCCUGGAUAGUAGAGCCAGCAAAGAACAUGGCGGAGGACUGAAUAAGAAGUCGAGCAGAGUGAAGAAGUCUGUGUACCUAUGGACGCCCACCGAUGUCCGAUCCUGGCUACAGAAAAAGCACAGAGAUUAUUUCGAACGGUACUACUCUCUCUUUCUAGAGCACGAUAUAUCAGGUCGAGCUUUGGUAAGACUGAAUGAAUUGAAGCUGGAAAGGAUGGGAAUAGAAAAUAAAGAACAUCGAAUCGACCUUCACGAGCAAAUCCUCAAACUUCGCAUCAAGCACGAACAGAAUGAACUGCGGCUGUUGCGGAAAACUGAUGUCGUGGUCAACAAAGAAUGAGCAGGACAAGAUGGAAAUUUCUGAGAGGAAAUGUGUUAUAUUCUUUCCCCACUUUGUAACAUCAAUGAUGGCUAAGUAAGGUCAGAACAAACGUGAGACUUCUACAGAAGACUGUUGAGGUGGUUUGCAAGGAAUGAAGAAGAAGAAAUUUCUGAGAGAAAAUCUCUUUUCUUUAUUGUUAUUAAAGACCUAUUCUCAACUGUCAAAGGACUUCUACCCCAAAGUGUUUGUUGUGGAAUAACGAGGAAUGAGGAAGGAAGAUGCAAAUAUUUGAAUGAAAAUCGAUGCAUGAUCGAAGCAUGAGGAAAUCAUUUUGCCCUGCACCUUUCUUCCUUGGACUUUGGUGAUACUGUGCUCAAACACCACUCAAACGAACGUCUUUGUGGAAUCGUUGCGGUAAUCAAGGAAUGGGCAAGACACAAUUUUUCUGCAGACGUUUUGCUACAAACUCAAGAGGUCGUAUCAAUAUGUGGAAAAAUAUAUAAGUGGGACUGAGCCUGAGCAUGAAAUAAUCUUUUAAACCACUCGACUUGCAAAUAGGCUGGUAUACUGUGAAUGUCUCGUACCUUAUUGCAGAAGAGCCAAGGUUCGAAAUAGACUCUUGCCAUUUUUUUUCCUUGAUAUUUGGUGACAUUUGGUGCUUAUUCCAUCAAUGAACAAGUCACAUUAGUAUCAAACAAUGUUUAUUUGAAAUAGAUAAUAAAUAAUAAAUAUCCACAGUCAGUUUUAAGUACAAGCGGGUGAUAACGCUUUUCUUGUGCAAGCAUUGAUCCUAAAAAUUGCGAGUAGACCUCAAACUUGUGACAGGAAAGUUAAUUAGCAUCCCUUCUUUCUCACUUUGAAGAAACUUCUCAACAUUAACAAGCAAAGUACUGUAUAGAAUGUACAUGUAAAGCUUUUUAAGAAAACUGCUAUUAAGAAUGUAGAGUGACCAGGACUGAAUAGCUUUAGAUGUUACGAGGAAAUACAGUAGUCAGCAAACUUUUAAGAGAGUCUGUUUGUGCGUAAAAGAAAUAUAUUUAUUGAUCAGGGGAUCGCUCAAUAUGAGAUCCAGUGCAAUGUCUGAUCCAAGGGGGGGGGGGGACAUUUUCCUUUUGAAAGUCGCAGCAAUUUUUCUUAAUGGGAAUACUUCGUAGAUAACACAAUUACAAACAUUUUUUUUGGGGGGGGGGGCUUGUCAAAUCUUACGCAGGGCAAAUUUGCCUCCAUGUUUUAUGACAACUUUUUUUUUUUUUGUUAAUUGUCAAAUUUAUGUGGGGCAAAUUGGCCUUCAUUUUUUAGUGACCCUUUUUUUGCUUGUCAAAUUUACCUUUGGAUAAUGUGCCCCCCCACCAUUUGGAAAAUCCUGGAUCCGUCUCUGGUCGUGUGAAUUACUCUACGUUUGUACUCGCAUGAAAAGUGUUUUGGACUAUCUGAGAAUUUAGCCAGUAGCCACACAGGGGCGCACAGGAACCUGCAAUCAGUGUUAGGUCGAUUAUUAGUCAAUCAACAUUUUAUCAUUAAUUAUGAUUUACAAUUGAUUAAUGUAGGUGCUUCUUGAAACAGGAAAUUCCAAUUUUCACUGUGUCAAACUCAAUUUUGUUGUGAAUGUUAACAAGCUUGUAAAAUCAAUUAAUCACCCAAAAUCAAUCAAUGUCUUACAACUAAUUAUGAUUUGCAAUUUGUUACCGUACAUGUAGUAGGUGCCUCUUGAAAUGGGAAAUUCCAUUUGCUCUGUGACAGACAAAGUUAAUCUGUCUCUAAUCUAAUGAAUUGUUUACAAGGUUGUACCAUGGGGAUCUGUGUAACAUGUAUCUAUGUGCUUGUAUUGCAUUGAAUGGCAUAUUUUACUAUCUGAGAAGUUUAAUAAGCAAUGCAGAAAAAUAGAUGUAAGAAAAUGCAAUAAUAAAAGGAGGGAGAAGGGUAGGAAGAUGAGAAGUUUUGAGAUGAUAAAAUAUUAUACAGGAAUGGAGAUUUUUUUAAAAAGACUGGUGUCUGAUUGCCCCGGGGGGGGGGGGCACUUGACCAAAAAAGUAGGGUAUGUGCCGCGGGCGAGACAAAAAACGGGGGCCUUGGAGCGGGCUUAUUGUAAAAAGGAGGGUCUUCGGAACGGGCUUCGGAACGACAAAUGUUUGUGAAAACCGGGGUCCUUGGAACGGGUCGCCUGCGUGUGAUUGCGUAUUCAUCCCUAUGGAACGGGCAUACGUGCAUGCAGCUAUAGCCCGGCGGCACGGGCGCCUGGUGCGCUAGCGCAGAUGCGAUGGUCGGACAGCGCUCUGCGGCCGCUUUUCACCAAAACUGCGGCUCAUUGUAACAGAUCAAUUCGGCCGGAACGGCGUAACAGAAAAUAUGCGAAGCUUUGGAGCAGAUUUCUUUCUUCUUUUUUUCUCGAUAAGAAGAAAAUGCUAUGCUUUGGAGCGGCUUUCUUUGUUCUUUUUCUCAAUAAGACAAAAAUGCUAUGCCUUGGAACGGAAAUUUGAGUGUAAAAAUGGGGGUCCCCUCCGCGGCACAUACCCACUAUGCAUUAUAUACUGAGUGCCCCCCCCCCGGGCUGAUUGCCUUUGUGCAUUAUGUUUGUGCUCAUUUCAGUGAUUUUUCUAGUGAUAGCAUUAGCAUUUGCAUAUAGGCUUAAAUGUUGUUUUUAUAAGCCAACUCCCUUAGAAGUACAUGUACAUGUAGAAUUUGAUAUGAUUCGGGUUAAAUCUUUGUAAAUAGACAAAAUGUGUUAUUGUAUACUCUGAAUAAAAAUGAAGAUGAAAGUGA